UGGCACACGGAGCGCCGAGGGGUGCUGUGCGGGGCCGAGGCGGGCCUCAGAGCGCGGGGUCCUACAGAUCGACGGGCGCCGCUCGGAGGCUGGCGGAGAGGCAGCUUUACAGCACUGGGCCUUCCCAGCUCCCAAUGUCAAUACUGAGACCCCAGAUGUGUCCAGAGACACCCUGAAGAGGCUGAGGGGCUGAGGAGCCUUAGGGCACCUACAGGGAGAUUCCUGAAGCUGAUUCGGAGCCAGAGAAUUUGCCUGCUAUUUGAGCGUCAUCCAGUUCUUUGCCCACUUCAAUCCCUGUUGCUAUGGAGACCACCAAUGGGACUGAGACUUGGUAUGAAAGCCUGCACGCUGUGCUGAAGGCUCUAAAUGCCACUCUUCACAACAACCUGCUCUGUCGGCCAGGGCCAGACAACCUGACAAAGGAGGGGCGGGCCAAUCUUCCUGGCCGUGAUGACAACUCCUACAUGUACAUUCUCUUUGUCAUGUUUCUAUUUGCUGUCACUGUGGGCAGCCUCAUCCUGGGAUAUACCCGCUCCCGCAAAGUGGACAAGCGCAGUGACCCCUAUCAUGUGUACAUCAAGAAUCGUGUGUCUAUGAUCUGAUGUUAGGGGGCCAGGAAUGGCAGAAUGUCAAGACACCAGAACUCCGCCCUGGACUACAUCAAGUCUCAGUGUCCCCAUCUGUAAGAUCAACAAGAAAAAGUGGUCAUUAUUAGGGUGGGAGGAGAGGGCCUGGCAGACCAGAGCCUUGUGGAUAAAGAUUUUUUUUUCCAGCAAAA